UUGCAUGCUGGACCCCGUAGUGUUCACCUGCUGCUGUCAUGGGAUGGAGUAGCAGAUAGUCGCCCUGUAGAGGAGAGACAUCCGGCUGCGAGGUGAAAUGACAGAGGUGACCAGAGAGGUGUUUGGACACUUGCCCCAGAAGGCAGGAGGAGGGGCUGUUGAAAAGUUCCUGCUGAAAUCAGACAGUGUUAAAGUGGAGAUUAUCUCCUUAGGCUGUAUAAUCACGGCACUGGAAACCAAAGGCAGGGAUGGGAAGCUCUCCGACAUUGUCCUAGGUUUUGAUCGCUUGGAAGGUUAUGUCAACAAACACCCCUACUUUGGAGCCACUAUUGGGCGAGUUGCUAACAGAAUUGCUAAUGGGAAAUUCACAAUGGAAGGAAAAGAGUAUCAGUUGGCCCUCAACAACCCACCCAACAGUCUGCAUGGAGGGAACAAAGGGUUUGACAAGGUUCUCUGGACCCCAGAGGUGCUGAUAAAUGGCAUACGCUUCUCCAGAACAAGCCCAGAUGGUGAGGAAGGGUAUCCUGGGGAACUAAAAGUCUGGGUGACCUACACACUCGAUGGUGGGGAGCUAGCAAUAAACUACCGAGCUCAAAGCAGCAGCACUACUCCUGUUAGCCUGACAAACCAUGCCUACUUCAAUCUAGCAGGCCAGGGAUCACAUGAUAUCUACAACCAUAUGGUCUCCAUAGAAGCAGACUCUUACUUGCCUGUGAAUGACACCCUGAUCCCUACUGGAGAGGUGGCUGCGGUGCAGGACACAGCUUUUGAUCUGAGGAAGCCGGUAGAGCUUGGAAGACACAUGCAGAAGUUUCAGCUCCCUGGCUUUGACCAUAACUUCUGCCUGGAACAGUCAGAGGCUCGACACUACUGUGCAAGGUUCCGUUCCUUCCCCAUCUUUCCUUGCUCCCUGGGUACAAACUGCAUCUCUUUAUACAGAGCACACCAUCCCCCUAGUGGCAGGACGAUGGAGGUUUGCACCACUCAGCCUGGAAUCCAGUUCUACACUGGAAAUUUCCUGGACGGCUUGCUGGAGGGCAAAGGGGGCUCUGUGUAUCCCAAGCAUUCAGCCUUCUGCCUUGAAACACAGAACUGGCCGGAUGCAGUUAAUAAGCCCCAUUUCCCCAAUGCACUGCUGCGGCCAGGAGAGGAGUACAACCACACAACUUGGCUGACGUUUACUGCAGCUUGAGGAGUCACCUCUGCAGCCACAAGAAGAAAUUCAUCGCAAAGUGCCCUGAGUAGUGGGAAGGGAGCAGGGGAAAUCACUUAGAAUAGCAGCAGGAGCUUCCAAAUUUCUCCAGCAUAGGCAGAUGUGACAGGUGCAGGGACAUCUCCUAAGGACGGAGUUUGUAAAAGCUCUGGUCACUGGCUUGACAGCUCCCAUUGGUAAAGCUCCCCUUGAUGUCAGAGGGAGAGUUAGGCCAGCACUGAGGCCCUGAUCCCCAAAGCGACUUAUGCACCUAACUGCCGUUGAUUUCAGUAGGAAUUAAGCACCUUUAAAACCUGGCCCUUAGUGGCUACAAAACUUGUCUUCCUCAUCCAUCAAUUGGAUCAUGUCAAGGCCUCUUUUAAACUCCUCUCUCCUUUCUCCUUCCCCGGCGGGUAGUGUUCGAUAUAUCGGGUAAUCGAUUUAUCGCGUCUCAUCUAGACGCGAUAAGUGGAUCCGUGAAUCGAUGCCUGAACUCUACCUCAAUGGGGGAGCCGCAGCAGUUGACUCGCUGCCGUGAGGACAGCCAGGUAAGUCGAACUAA